AUGGUUAAAGUUGAUGUCAAAUACACAAAAUUGUUUAUCAACAAUGAGUGGGUAGACGCUGUUAGUAAGAAGACUUUUCCUACAAUAAAUCCACAAAAUGAAACUGUGAACGCAAAUGUUGCUGAAGGAGACAAGGCCGACAUAGACCUCGCAGUUGCCGCCGCAAAAAAAGCUUUCCAUCGUCAUUCCUCAUGGCGUACCAUGGAUGCGUCACAACGAGGAGUAUUAAUGCUAAAAUUAGCUGAUCUUAUGGAAUUACAAGCUAGAUAUUUAGCGGAGCUCGAAACUUUGGACUGUGGAAAACCAGUAAAAGUAGCCGAAGAAGAAGUCUAUUGCUCAGCAAGCGUGAUAAGAUAUUAUGCCGGAAAAGCUGACAAAAUUUUGGGAAAUACUAUUCCAGCUGAUGGCGAGGUGAUAUCAAUGACGCUAAAAGAACCUGUAGGUGUUGUCGGUCAAAUCAUACCAUGGAAUUAUCCUAUUGUUAUGAUGUCGUGGAAGAUAGCACCGGCUUUAGCGGCAGGCUGUACAAUAGUACUGAAGCCAGCUGAACAGACGCCGCUAACUGCUCUCGCGGUGGCUGCACUCAUAAAGGAGGCAGGUUUCCCUCCCGGGGUGGUCAACGUUGUUCCCGGAUACGGACCAACAGCAGGCGCGGCCCUCACCCACCACCCCGACGUGGACAAAGUAGCUUUUACUGGCUCUACUGAGGUCGGCAGACUUAUUAUGGGUGCAGCUUCUGCUGUAAAUCUUAAGCGAGUUUCAUUGGAACUAGGAGGCAAGAGUCCGUUGGUGGUAUUUAAUGAUGUUGACGUCGAAAAAGCAGCUCAACUAGCUCAUGCAGCGGCCUUCGCUAACAGCGGCCAGUGUUGCUGCGCCGGAACUCGCACCUUCGUACAAGCAGGAAUUUACGAUCAGUUCGUAGCUAAAUCCAUAGAAAUCGCCAAGAAACGAUCUGUUGGAAACCCAUUCGAUGAUGUCCAACAAGGACCCCAGAUCGAUGAAGAAAUGUGUUCAAAGGUCCUCAGUUAUAUCGAAGCUGGUAAGAAGGAAGGCGCGAGAUGCGUCACGGGCGGCAACAAGAUGAGCGGCAAGGGGUAUUACAUUGAACCUACCGUGUUUGUAGAUGUUAAAGAUGAUAUGAAGAUAGCGAAGGAAGAGAUAUUUGGACCAGUUCAGAGCAUCCUGAAAUUCGAAACAUUCGAGGAAGUGAUCGAUCGUGCGAACGACACUAACUAUGGUCUAGGCGCCGGAGUCAUCACAAAUGACCUCACCAUCGCACUUAGCUUCGCCAAACAUGUACGAGCUGGCUCGAUUUGGGUAAACACUUAUGAUCAUGUCACGAGUCAAACUCCAUUUGGCGGCUUCAAGGACUCUGGUAUCGGAAGAGAAUUAGGAGAAGAUUCUAUAAAUAACUAUCUAGAGAUCAAGACUGUCACAGUGGCAUUGCCGAAGAUUCCUCAAAUU